AAGAAAUUAUCUUUUGUCAUUUAAAACCAUGUACAAAGAAAUGGAAAUGUAUAAUUGUAAAUAUCAGAUAUUAUGCACAUUAACGUGAUCGACAUAUUCUGGUAAUUAUUGUUGAUGUUUUUAUUUUCAGUAUUUCAGUUAAUAGCAGUUAAUGUGAGAAAAUGUUAUCUACUAAAAAAGAAAAUUUUCUAAUUGUUGAAUUUUCUGAUGGACUGGCGGUUGUACCAAGAACGUGGGUAAACAAUAAUAAAACAUGUUGGUGGCCCAAUUACAGAAAUCAAUUGCGCAUUGAUAAAGCAAAAUCAACGAUGGAAAAGCCUAGUCAAGAAUGGUUAUCAUAUGAUAUCUUGAAAAUUCAUACUCAAGCUAAUAAUUAUCAAGAAGCAUUAGAAAAAUUGAAAUUGGCUGAAGAUUAUUUAGAUGUUGAUCAAUUAAGAGGAUCCCGUAGCGGGUCUGUUUUACCGACAAAAUUACCAUUUUCGUGGGAAAUUCUGGAAAUUAUAAAAAAAACAAGGCACGAUCGCGCUCAUAGACGUAAUUCUUUUGAUUCCAAUGGAGAAGAUUCUGCGGAUUCCGAAGAAAACCAUCGAAAAAGCAAACAUAUAACUUCAUCUUUGCCUGAUCCGCCAAAAUUCAAGGAUAGGCCUAACACUGUGACAACGGAAACCUCCAUUUCAGCCAAAGAACCACAGAAUAUAUAUGAACAGAGCUGCACGGUACAUAGCAGAAUCAAUCCAGAAAUUGCUGAAACUGCUGAAAAUAUUAUUUUAUUAGAUGAAAAUUCAGAAAAAGAAUAUUUUGAAGAGGCAACAGCAACUCAAAAGAUUCGCACUAAGCAAUCAGAAGAUUUAAAGAUCAGGAAAAUUAAUGCAGCAAGAACCAUUCAACACAUAGAAAAAGAAGCAGACAACGGAACAAGUGACUUAAGCAUUGCUUAUUUGAAAGAAAUAGUUUAUAUGUUGAAUAAACAAUUUGUAGAAAUACGUGAACUUAAAAAGUGUAUUGGAGAAAAAGAAGCUGCAAAGAAUCAAAAACCUGAAAACAAAGAUUGUGUCAACUGGGCGAAACUUUUGCCUUUCAACAGUAUAGAUGAUAUGGCAAAUUUUUGCAAAAAAUUGGAAACAAAAGAAAACUAUGUGGAGUCUAUGAUAAAAAUGUUAAAAUCUGUGGGAGGCAAAGACGAUAGAAAUAAAGUUAACAAAAUGAUGGAAAAAGUUAUGACAAACACACUCGGUGAGAAAUUUAGUCGCAAAAAUUUAGGGACAAAAAGGAAAGCUGGUGUUUGAAAACUGCAAGGUUGAAAAAAUUAUAGUUGGUGA